CCCUCACAGAUAUUGGUGUUGGACGCACGCGUGCUUGUGUCAAACUCUGUUAUCGUUACGAUUUGUUUUGUGAAAAUGGUUCUUGCAGACUUUUUGACGGAUACAAGAAAGAAGUGGCUUCAGGCUUUUAAGCUGUUCAAGCGGAAUAAAAACAAAAAGAACGCUCGAAACCGGGUCUCUCCAGCGCUGGUGCGCUCUCCGUCAUAUAAUGGAACGGUGGACGCGCGCGCGGAGAUCGAUCUACAACGCUUCUGCCCCUGUAGAACCUCCAUGCCACCGCUACACAUCGCGAACGAGUCCUACGAGAACACAUCCUACUACAGCAGUUACAACAGCUACGACUCUCACAAUGACAGCCUUCAGAGCUACAACAAUUCAACUUGUGAUAGCUCGGGACGGUCCGACUCCGCGUAUGAUUCGACGCGUAGCAGUCCCGCCCACACCAGACCCGUUUGCUACGCCACGGUCACCUACUUUAACGUAAAUGACAGCGAGGACAGUAGCAGCAUUCACACCGAAUACACGCUCCUGGACUAUGAUCCUGAUGCUGAUGAAGAUGAGAAAGCUCAGAAUAUGAUAAAUGAAAGCUUGGAAUUAGUUAGUACGUUAUGAAUUGUUUAUAAUUUUAGAUAAUGUUUUACUUUAGUAACUUUCAUAAUAACGGAUUUCUUAUGGUUAAGUUAAAAGAAAUAAAUUGUAAAGCCGGUGUUAUAAAUCGGUGUUUAGUUUUACUUUAAAACAUUAUGAUUUAUAAACGACAUUUUUUUUUAUUACGUUUUAUUUUAUCUGUGCUCAAGAUUUGAUGAUUUCUGUAAGCGAUUUUCUUCGUUGAGAAUGAUUUAAAAAUGGCAGAGAAUUAACAGGAAUAAGUCAGUAUACUUACUUGAAAUAAACACGCCCAAAUAAAAAUGAUUUACAAAAAGUGGUUUAAGUUAAUCGGUUUUUUACGCUAUUCGCGACGAUGUUUUGAAAAAUAAAUAAAACAUAAAUACAAUAUUUAUAAUAU